AUGAGGAAACUGUGUCCAAAUUAUGAUAAGGAAGAUGGGCUUGAUACCGUGCUGGAGGUUCCUAUACCUGAGGAAAUGUUCACCAACAUGGGCAGCAAUGGCGCGCUGCGUUGGCAAAAUUUGCGUGCUUUGAUGAGAGCUCAAGGUGUAGAUAAAUCAACACAUCUUGCGGCUGCAUCAAACAAUGAAUUUAUGGCAUUGCUAAAGCUUGUUGGUACUCCUCUCAUCCCUUUUCAAGUCCAACCAGACCAACCGUUAACCCGCCCCAUCAAAGAUUGUUCGAUUGAAGCUUCUACAGCGAAAUAUAUAGUACAACAGUAUGUAGCCGCUACUGGGGGACAAGCAGCAUUAAAUUCAGUGAAAAGCAUGUAUGCAGUGGGACAAGUGAAGAUGGUUGGGUCGGAAAUGCACCAAGGUGAUGUUAGUUUGCAUACCAAAGGCAAUUGUGAGGUCGGUGGAUUCGUUUUAUGGCAAAAGAACCCGGAUUUGUGGUAUUUGGAAUUGGUUGUUUCUGGUUUCAAGGUCAGUGCAGGUAGUGAUGGCAAGGUAGCUUGGAAUCAGUCUUCUUCUCAACCUUCUCAUGCUAAUAAAGGUCCUCCAAGGCCUCUGCGCAGGUUCUUCCAGGGAUUGGACCCCAGGUGUACAGCUAACUUGUUCCUAGAUGCAGUGUGCAUUGGAGAGAAAACCAUAAACGAUGAAGACUGUUUCAUACUCAAGCUCGAGACUGCCCCACUUCUCCUCAAAGCACAAUGUACACCCAACACUGAAAUUGUCCACCACACAGUUUGGGGCUAUUUCAGCCAACGUACAGGACUCCUUGUCCAAUUCGAGGACACAAAGCUAGUAAGAAUGAAGUCCAUUAAAGGAAAUGAUAGUGUGUUUUGGGAAACAAGCAUGGAAUCGAUGAUCCAAGAUUAUAGAUACAUUGAUGGGAUUAAUAUAGCUCAUGGUGGUAGAACUAAUACCACGUUGUAUAGGUAUGGAGAGGCGUUUCAUCACAGGCGGAAGAUUGAGGAGUCCUGGAGAAUCGAAGAGGUUGAUUUUAAUAUUUGUGGUUUGUCCAUGGAUUGCUUUUUGCCUCCUUCUGACCUUAAGAGAGAACAAGAUGGAGAACAAGGAGUUUGA